UUCAACCAGGAGCUGACAGAAGAGAACAAACCGUUAAGUUGGUUCUUUUUCCUGAUUUUAAUUUUUAAAAGUUAUCCCAAAAUUUUUAGCUCUGAUGUUACAGAUGACAAUCCUAAAACAAGAAUUAAAAAUGUCUUUCUUUCCAGGGCUCUGAGUCUAUCUGAGGUGAAAGCAGCCGUACAGGAGGCCAUCCAGCUGAGGAAGGAUUUCCCCGACGUAGUUGCAGGAUUUGACAUGGUUGGCAGGGAGAACACUGGGAAGACUCUGUGGUUCUUCAGGGAGGCUCUUUCUCUGCCUAAAGAACUGGGGGAGGAGCUUCCGUACUUCUUCCAUGCAGGAGAGACAGACGAUGAAGGGACUGAAGUAGAUCAAAAUAUUCUCGAUGCUAUUCUGUUCAACACCACCCGCAUCGGUCAUGGCUACGCUUUGGCGCACCACCCUGUUGCCAAGGAGAUUUCCAGGAAGCGGAAUAUCGCCGUGGAGCUGUGUCCCAUCUCAAACCAGGUGCUGAAGCUGGUAUCGGACCUGAGGAACCACCCCGCGGCGGUGCUGAUGUCGGAGGGCCAUCCGAUGGUCAUCAGCUCGGAUGAUCCGUCUCUGUUUGGCACCACUGGACUUUCAUACGACUUUUAUGAAGCCUUUGUGGGCAUCGGAGGACUGAAGGCAAACCUGGGUACUCUGAAAGAGCUGGCUGUGAACUCCAUCAGGUCAGAAAAAACCCAUUUAUGUUCUGUUUAUCCGUCAAAAAUGACUUUUUAGAUCCAUUUUUAUUUUUUUAGAGAGCCACAAAGUUAAAAAAUUUGCGGAUAUAUACUGUACUUGGUAAUAAUAAUAAUAUUUUUUUAUUAAAUCUACCCAAGAGUGGGUUUUUUUUCUUUCCCACAUUAAAUCCAUUAAACCUAUAAAUUAUUUUUAAUGUGUUGCACAUUAAAUCUGUCACUGAUAUGAAAUAUUUUUAUUUCAUAUGUAAAUGUAAGUUAUGGAGCCUCUA